GCGCGCGGCCGCCGCGCCCUCGGAGCCGAGAUGCGGGUGGGCUCCGGCGCCUUCGCCGCCUGCUGCGUGGCGGUGGAGGUGGUGGGACUCGCGCUCUUCCUCCGGGGGUUCUUCCCGGCGCCGGUUCGCUCCUCCAGGGCCGAGCGCGGACUCGAGCCGCCGGCGCCCGAGCCCGCGGCCGGUACCAGUUCCAACUGGACCAAACUACCACCACCUCUCUUCAGUAAAGCUGUUAUUAUGCUUAUAGAUGCUCUGAGAGAUGAUUUUGUGUUUGGGUCAAAGGGUGUGAAGUACAUGCCUUACACAACUUACCUCAUGGAGAAAGGGGCAUCUCACAGUUUUGUGGCUAAAGCAGAGCCACCCACAGUUACUAUGCCUCGAAUCAAGGCGUUGAUGACGGGGAGCCUCCCUGGUUUUGUUGAUGUCAUCAGGAACCUCAAUUCUCCUGCGUUGCUAGAAGACAAUGUGAUAAGACAGGCAAAAGCUGCUGGGAAGAGAAUAAUCUUUUAUGGAGAUGAAACAUGGGUUAAAUUAUUCCCAAAGCACUUUAUGGAAUACGAUGGUACAACCUCAUUCUUUGUGUCAGAUUACACUGAGGUGGAUAAUAAUGUCACAAGGCAUUUGGAUAGAGUAUUAAAAAGAGGAGACUGGGACAUCUUAAUCCUCCACUACCUGGGACUAGACCAUAUUGGCCACAUUUCUGGGCCCAACAGCCCCCUGAUUGGACACAAGCUUAGCGAAAUGGACAGCAUCCUGAUGAAGAUUCACACCUCACUACUCUCAAAGGAGAGAGAGACUCUGUCACCUAACUUACUGGUUCUCUGUGGUGACCACGGCAUGUCUGAGACAGGGAGCCAUGGGGCCUCUUCCACAGAAGAAGUCAGCACACCGCUGCUCUUAAUCAGCUCUGCAUUUGAGAGAAGACCUGGGGAGAUCCGACACACAAAGCACGUCCAGCAGACCGACUUGGCUGCAACACUAGCAACAGGACUUGGCUUGCCAAUUCCCAAAGACAGUGUAGGAAGCCUUUUAUUUCCAGUUGUAGAAGGAAAACCAAUGAGAGAACAGCUGAGAUUUUUACACUUAAACACAGUACAGCUUAGCAAGCUGUUGCAAGAGAAUGUACCAUCCUAUGAGAAAGAUCCUGGAUUUGAGCAGUUUAAAAUGGCAGAAAAGCUACAUGGAAACUGGGUCAAGUUGCACUUGGAAGAAAACAAUUCAGAUGUUCUGCUUGGCCUGGGCACCAAGGUGCUCAGGCAGUACCUGGGUGCACUGAAGACCUUGAGUCUGUCCCUGAGCACACAAGUGGCCCAGUAUGACAUCUACUCGAUGGUAGUGGGGACAGUUGUGGUUUUGGAGGUCCUUACCCUGCUUCUCCUCAGCACCCCACAGGUGCUGCACAGAAGAACUGAGCUGGAUGUCGCUCUGUCAUCUCCUGUGUUUUCUCUGCUCUUUUAUCUGAUAUUCCUGGUUCUUUCAGCCAUUCACGUCGUAGUUUGCACCUCAGCUGAGAACUCGUGUUACCUCUGCAGUCUCCCCUGGCUGGCAGCAGUAGGAGUGAUAGUGCUAGUUUCCAUGCUGCUCUGUGCAAUCGUGUCUGCUCUUGCCAGGACUGUCCUUGAUGGUGCUCUGCUGAGGAAGAAUGUAGCUCACCCCAGCUCUGGAUGGUCAGAGGUAGACCACCUUCUUCUGCUGGGCACAGUGGGGCAUGUCCUGAGUCUCGGAGCCAGCAGCUUCGUGGAAGAGGAGCACCAGACCUGGUACUUCCUUGUCAACACCUUGUGUCUGGCUCUGAGCCAGGAAACGUGUCGGAGCUACUUUCUGGGGGACAGCUGCGAGCCUCCGCGUGCCUUCCACGUGGAGCAACAGCCUGAGGGUGCCAUUGUCACGCUGCGGGAGAGCACGGGUGAUGAGGGUGCUGAGCCUGUCAGGGAGGGCGAGGGGCCCUCCCAGCCCCAAACACAGAGAGGCCACAAGCAGUGGGCAGUGCUGGCAAGCCCCUGGCUGGUGCUGAUCUGCUGCCGGUUGCUGCGGUCCCUGAACCAGACAGGUGUGCAGGGGGCCCACCGGCCUGAUUUUGGCCACUGGCUCACCAGCUCUGAACACAAAGUGCAGCUCUCAGGCCUGGCUGCCCUCUCCCUGCUUGCAAUCUUCAUGUUGGUCCAAAGGGGGUGUUCCACUGUGUCUAAAGCAGCCCUGGCGCUUGGGCUGUUGGGCGUCUUCUGCUACAGGUCCGCCAUAGGGAAUGUGCUAUUCCCAUGGCAACCAGACAACAAAAGCAUUACAAAGGGUAUUAUUGAAGCUCGUUUUGUUUAUGUCUUUGUCCUUGGCAUUCUGUUCACGGGUACCAAAGACUUGCUUAAGUCUCAAGUCAUUGCUGCAGACUUCAAAAUCAAGACUAUAGGCUUAUGGGAGAUAUAUAGUGGAUUAGUUCUUCUGGCAGCUUUGCUCUUGAGGCCACAUAAUCUUCCGGUGUUAGCAUUUAGUCUCUUGAUUCAGACUCUAAUGACUAAGUUCAUCUGGAAGCCCCUGAAACACGAUGCAGCCGAGGUCACUGUUAUGCAUUAUUGGUUCGGUCAAGCAUUCUUCUACUUCCAGGGUAAUUCUAACAACAUCGCCACCAUUGACGUCUCAGCAGGCUUCGUGGGCUUAGACACCUACAUGGAAGUUCCAGCCACGUUCCUGACCGUGUUUGGGACAUAUGUGGGACCUGUGCUAUGGGCCAGCCACUUAGCACACUUCCUGAGCUCAGCGACAAGCAGUGGCUCAGCACUACGUUGUGCAUGCUUCUGCUAUGCACUGAUUUGUUCUGUUCCAGUUGCCACAUAUAUCAUUCUUGUGACAUCCCUGCGCUACCACUUAUUCAUAUGGAGUGUCUUUUCUCCAAAGCUUCUCUAUGAGGGGAUGCAUCUGCUCAUUACAGCUGCUCUCUGUGCUCUGUUCACGGCCAUGGACCAGACGGGCCACACAAGGAUGUACAUGAAGACAGACACCCGUAGCUGAUGUGUUUUUACAGUUCCUGUUUGGGUCAUGGAUUUGAGUAUUGAAAAAUCUGCCCCUGGGUUGCAAACAUGGCUCAGUUGGUAGAGCCCUAGCCAGUGAGCAAGAAUGUCUGGUAAGGAGUUCAAGUCCCAGUCUAUGACCUGAAAAGAAGAGAAAGAAAAGUCUGCCAUGUCAAGUUCUGGAAGGAAAAAAAAAAAGUGAAGCCUAUGAAGUUGAUGAAGAGAUUCAGUUGCACUGGAAUUUAAAUUAAAUAGUAAGCGGUUUAAUAAAAGAUUACUUUAAAAUAUA